UAUUGCUUAUUUUUGUUCAUCAAUAACAUCACUGGACUACAAUAUCAAUUAUUUCAGUCAAGGAAAGGAGUCAAACCACAGAGUAAAAAACAUCAAACUUCCGUUAAACUUGUGAACGUUUUACUUCUAUUUAUUAUAAGCAGUGAAUUAUGAACCAUAUUAAUUUCAAACGGAAGUGAAGAAAAUGGAAGGUGGGUUCAGUGAGACGGGAUAUCAAUUGCUUGUAUUUUUCGAAGACAGUAUCCCUAAAAGUGAUGUCUGAAUGAAUUUCUCACGGUUUUUAGAUAUUCAGUCAUGGUGGGAAGUGCCCAGCAUCGCGUACUUUUGUUCUUUAUUCAGAACUGCAUUCAACCUUUUGGAUUUUGACAUUGAAGAACUCGAAGAAGCCCUGUUAACCGAUGGCACCGAAGAAUCGGCUAGUUCUCUCCUGACUGAGUUAAUCGUUCGUCUUCUCAAUGGCUGUUUGGGCAAUAAUGACAUCUCAGCCUUUAAUUAUCAGAUGUACUUGAGACGGUUGUUUAGGAGAAAAUGUCAAGAAUCAAGCCGAUACAACCCAUUCAAUACUGACAUUGACUUCCAGUUCUUACCCCUACGUACCAAAGUUGAGAUUUUGUAUGCCCUAUGUGAUUUUCGGUUAGACGCUGAUGAUGUUUUUGAUUCAUUUAAAAACCUUGAAGCUGAAAGUUUAAGAGUAGAGCCGCUUGGUUGGGAUGACAACUAUUCUGCAUAUUGGUACUUCUAUGGAACAAGGUUAUAUCGAGAAGAUGUGAUAAAAAAGUCAAAAGGAAAGAACAAAAAGAAAAAAAAUAAAGAAAGUAAAAAACGUGGCUGGUUUUAUGGUGAUGAUUGGCUUGAUGACGAAGAAACUGAGCGGGUUUGGCAAGUGGUAUGUUUCACUGAGGAAGAUUGGACCCACCUGACAGAGAAGUUUAGCAAGGCGACUAGUAAAGUUGAGAAGGAGUUAUACCGUUCCCUGUCUCAAAAUUUCCUGCCUGAAAUACCAAGGCUCUUUCAAGAAAAGGAACGGCUCCAACGAAAAAGGUUGUUAGAACUAGCGCCGCGACGAACAUCCAGCAGAGUAUUGCAAAAGAUAAAACAGAAGGAAGAGGAAACAAAACAAACCACGCAUGACGCUAAAGAAGAAGAGGAAAGGAAGGAAUCACCUGAUCUUGCUCGGGAAAAUCGAGCAAAACGGCGAAAUCUAUUAAGAUCCAAAUCGGUUUCGUCAGAUUCAUCAGCAAGUUCAUCGAGUGAUAAAGAAGAGAUGCCUCAAAAAGUAGCGAAGCCGUCAAAAAGCCACGACAAGCGGUCAAAAAACUCGUCGUCUACACAAAAAGGCGAACCUCCUCCAGAACCUCUAAUAAAAACAGGUAGAAAGACGAACAACUCUCUGGCGUCGGCUACAGGACAGAUCCUUAUACCGGAACAUGACGAACCCGUCAGCAGCACAAGGAAAAAACUAAAGACAUCACAAAUAUUUAGUCAGACAGAUGAAGACAUACAAACUGAUAUGUAUAAAGUACUGAAACAACUGACUACUCACGAUGAUGCUUGGCCCUUCAUGGACCCCGUGGAAGAGGAAUAUGCUCCUAAUUACUACGCCGUCAUACGACGACCGAUGGAUUUACGAAAAAUGGAAGAACGUCUCGACAGUGGCUAUUAUACUGACUUUUCUAUGUUUAAAGCGGAUUUCAAGCUUAUAGUUAACAACUGCCGUUUAUACAACGGUCAGGAUAAUGAGUAUACUAUGAUGGUAGAUAACUUACAGACUGCGUUUGAUCGAUUGACUGAAAGAUAUAUACAUAGACUAUCAUCGUCUGAUGAAGAAAUUGCUGUUGAAUAUCAGUUACCUACACCAUCAAGGAAACAUAAACUGAAAUCUAGUGAAUCUCUAAGCCAUCACAAGAGAAAAAAGCGAAAGUCUCAUUCUGAAACAGGUGAACCUAAGUCAAGUUCAUCCGAUCAUAAACAAGAAGAACAACCGGAAGAAGAAGAGGAAGAAAAAGAGGUACCUGAACCAGAAACAAAAAAGGUAAAAGAAUCUCAUAAAAGUAAACAAAGCAAAGGCAAGAAGAAACGUAAGGGUCAUCAUCGUCAUGGUAAACAUUCCAAAAACCAUCGAAAAGAUUCUCAUAAAUCUGAACACUCAGAGUCGUCAAAAACAAGACACAGCAAGAAGCAAAAACACGGGAAGAACAAAGAUAAGGAAGGCAAGAAAUCUAAACAGAAGAAGAAGAAAAGUAAACACCAUGAACCAGAACCUGAGGAAACAUUAAAGCGUUCUGACUCACACGAGUCCUUGGAGAGUUCUAACAGGAGCCGAAGUGCUAGCCCGUUACCUUCUAUUCAUACUCCAACACCUUCACCCACUGAAAUGGAUAGAUCUGAUAAUGAACAACCAGAUCAGCUUGCUGAUCCUGACUUCGUUAAAGAUAAAUAUGACAAGAUAAAGGAGAGGAGGCGACAUGCCGCUAAGGAUGCUUGGGAAUCGCUGUUUGACUACAAACAAAAAGCAGUGGACAAACAAAAGCAAAACCUUCAUAUUCCAGAAAAGGAAAAGAACCAAAAGCUAAGAGAAACCAUCGAAAAACUCAAAGCUAAAAAUGAAAAAUAUAAGGACAGCUCAUUGUUUAAUACAUUGUUUUCGUCCAGCCAGAGUAAUCUGGAGUCAGAAUCGAGUAAUACAAAUGACUUUACAGUGAAAGAUGUUGAUUCUGACGACGAGUCGUUGGAGAAUCAGAGGGUAAAGGCUGCCGUAAAGAAAGCAGGAAAGAAAAACUCCACUAAAAACGAAUCAGCUUCUGAAGCUCUGGAACAAGCUGUUAAAGAUAUAAGUAAAUGGCUUGAUGAUGCUCCGAAAGGAUCUAAUGUGAGCUCUCCUUGUGACAGCCCAGCCCAAACUAUUUCUACCGAGGAGCACGAGAACAGCCGUCUAGAUGAUGAACUUUCCCAGGGAGAAAAGCCUUUACAUACGAAAAAAGAGAUUUCGCGUAAACGCCCAUCCUCGCGCGAGCCUAAACUACUUAAACGACGAGAAAUACAGAGAACUAUUGAAAGGCUACAACCGGGUAAAAGCAAAGGCAACUUGCUGACUAAUAUGAGUAAUAAGAAUAAUACUGAAAAGACGGAAGAAGUGUUGCCACUUGGGCCACAAAACAAAGUACGUGAUACGCAAAAAGUUGAGGAAUCUAGUCCUAAACUGAGCCUUGGGUCAGUUCUGCCUGCUGUUGAGUUUGCAUUAGGAAACGAUCACAACUUCAGUAAUAACGACGAGGCCAAUACUGAAGUUCAAAAAGACACCACCAAAACUACAGAUAUUCAAAAAGAAGAAAAGGUAGUUGAUGUCCCUGUCGAGAAUAAACCUGAGGAAGUGGUUGUCCAACCUAAUAAAAAAGACGCAGAAGUAGAAACUGAACCGCAAAUGAUAACGAAACCGAAUCAAGAAAAAGCUACUCCGAACUUAAGCGCUUGGUUCAAGGCUUUUGGAGCUCCUAAGAGCACUACUACAACUGUUGUCAAAAAGAAAGCUGACGAACCCGAUACGGAAGCUGAAAAAGUGCCAGAAAAUACUAAUAAUGAUACCAACAAUACAAGCAAGAUCACUAGCCCUAAGAACCUCGUCAAGUACGAUUCUCCCACUGGGCCAGACACGCCAAAUCCAGAGGGUAGUGAUAGUCCAUUGGGCAAUGUUGGUACGACGCCUAGGCAGAGAAGAACCAGCACUGGGAGUUCGGUUUCAGAGAGGUCAUCAUUCAGCCAAGAUCUUGACUCGCCUAGACAUCAAAUGUCACACACUUCUCCUCUGUUACGCUCGCCUGCGUCUCCCAGAACUGAUGAUUUCCAAAAAAUUACAUAUCCGAUUAUAAAUGGUACUGUUAGAGCCGGAUUUUAUCAAGACACCACGUCUAUGAAGAGUAGUCCCGAAAAAAGCUGCAGUCCACGUGAAGGUCCGCAAUCUCCUUAUUCACCGUACUCGCAGCACGUAUAUGCAACAAAUAAUGUUACGGGACCGGCAACACCAAAUUAUUUUGUGGACCAUAGCAAAAGUCCUUUGCCUGCUUACAAUCAAAACCCACCGCCAUACUAUGACAACACAAAAGCCCAACCAGUUGCUGCAAAGCCUACGCAUGCUCGUCCUCACGAAGAUUUUGCUCCUCUGCCACAGGAAGCCUAUCAACAAAGUCAAUAUACUGGACCUUUCUCUCCGGCUUAUACACCAUACUCUCAGACUUCUACUAACUACUCGCAAGUACAGACACCUACAUCAAAUGGCUCCGUUACAACUAACCCCACGCAAAUUAUAACUGACCUGAAGACUGCACUUUUUCCGGUUAAAAAACGAACUUACAACGAGCCAGAACAUUCUACCCCUUCUAACUUGACAACUGAAAAUAAAGAAGUUGCCACUACAAUAUCAAACAAAAAUGAUUAUCAAAAAAUUACACCAUCAUUACAUUCUAUAACUCCAGCAUCAGUGGACGAUAUUGCUUUGGCUUUGAGCGAAAAAUCGGAACUGGCCAAAAUGAAUAGCUUACGAGAAAAGGCAUCAAUGGACUUUACGAAUGAAAACAGGGAAAUUAAAUAUGAGGUUAAUGAAACAUUGAAAGAUAACAACAAUCCUAUAAACAUGAAUUUAGAGAAGCCAAUUGGUAUGCUCAAGAAAGACAAUGUAGAUAUGGUCAAUAUGGGUUACUUAAAUCCUGAAAAUGAUCGAAGACCUAGUAAUGAUGCACAUGCCCAUGCGCACGCACACGAAUCUGAUUAUAUUGCACGAGAUAUACCGAAAUCCAACGCCAAUACUCAACACAAAACAUACGACGUCGAUGCCAUUGCUAUUAACUUAGGAUUAAAUAGCCAGCAAUUACAGAAAUCAAUUGCUAAAACAAAUAUGAACCCAAAUAACAUACCUCCAGCUCACAGCCAAGAUAGAUCACACAGUGAGUUAAACUUAAAUCAAAAUCUCAUCCACGCUCAUCACAACCAAUACGAAACCAUCACAGGAGGUCAAAACGUCAGUAACUUUUCAUUAAGUGACAUAGAUUUGGCCAAUAAGAAGUUGUACGCUUGUAAUCCAACACCAUCAACUGCUGCCCUUGAUUACGGUAAUUGGAAAAUAACAAACCAGAUGCGCAAACAAGAAUUACUGCCUUCGGAUUACUCGACACCGUACAGCGCCAGUAAUGUAGAGAAGUUAAAGAAUGAAAUGAGUGCAAUCAAUGCAAACACAGUUGCUUAUAACAAAAGCUUACAACAUCAACAGUACAAUGCUUAUAAUGUUACUCGACCCACUUUACAGCAGCAGAAUCUUCCAGGUGAACUGAGAAUUCCCAAUCCUAGAGGACUGCUUAAAAAUGAUCAUAUGAUUACAACUUCCUCUAUGAGUGAAACUGAUAUGAUUGCUAAAAAUAUAGACACACUUGCCAAAUCACAGAAAUCUGAAAAACUUGUACAAAACCAUCCUUUGAUAAAUUCAAAUCCAUAUAAAACACCAUACAGUAAUCCAUCUACAAUCCCCCUCGACACACUGCGAAACUUACCUAACAUCCCGCAAAUGCUGGAACGAUACACAAACGAUGAGAGAUAUCUAUCAAGUUUCACAAGCGGUGGGUCUUCAUUAUACCACGAGAAACCAUUUCAAAUGGCGCAAAUGUUCAACAAGAGCAUGUCUUCAGAAGUACAUCCAGUUAGUACAUCUGUCAGUAUAUAUUCUCAGCCAGCCAUGUCAAUAAGCAAGGACAACAGUAUUUACAAAACGUCCAGUGUCGCAGUUGCCCAAAAUGAUAUCAAAACUAAAAGCAAAAGAAAGAGAACCUCUGAUGCUAAGCAGACAGCACAAAUCAGCCAGGCGUAUCAUCAGAAUGCUUGCAGCAGUGACGUUCUAUCAUCAGUCAAGUCGAGCAUGAUGCCAGGAAACGCAUUUAAUUUCGGAUCAUCGACAAACAUGGCUUUAAGUAGUGGACUGUAUGGAGAUAAUGGCAGCUUUACUAUAGAAGAUUUCCGCAACAGUACUGCUAAUCAACUCAUGGCGGCCAACUACAUGGUUGCAGCGGUCGCUCAUCAGCAGCGUAAUACCGUCGAAGCCAAUGCCGAUAAACUAGUAAAACCAGCUCAUCAGAACUCCAGCCACACUGCUGGCUCGUUCCCUUUUAUUGGUCACUCGCAAGUUCGAGCUGGUUACCCCUUCGUCGGUACGGACCCUACUUCACCGCUGUACCAACAAUACCUUCAGCGUCAUCAGGAAGAACUGCUACGGCAAACCGGCGCCCAGAUUAUGAGCUUGUAUCCCGCCGGCUAUCCUGCUGCUGCACUCGGUGUCCGGCAACCAUAUGACAUCAACCGACCAUCAUGGCUAUAAACAUGUUGACAUAGCAUAGCAGAAUGUGGAAUCCUUAAUAAAUAAUCAUAAAUGUGACUAUUGUUAUAGGAAAUUGUAAUUUAUAUUGUUUGUAGACUUAAGGUAGCAUUUUGUGAAGAUAUUUUAUGUUUAUUUCCUAUUUACCUUAUUGUAAUGGCAAUGUUUAUUUUAUAUCAUGACAAAUUUAUCUUUAAUGAAGUAUAAGUAUACUUAUUUUUAUGAUAGUAUUCACAAAACCUGUGAUGACUGCAUGAGAGACUGCUUCUUACUGGUGUUAAGAAAGUUACAAAUUCUAAUAAAGGCCAUGCCUUUUCUAAAUGUUGAAGAUUACAUUGUUACUGGAAGCCCGUAGAUGCGUAGGUUGAACUCAAUAACAUUAUUGUGUUAUCCUUAUUUGGAAUAGAUAAGCUUUAUUAGUACAAUUGUAUUGCCCAUUCCAUACAUAUUCAGAUAUAUUAUUCUAUAUUAGAUGCCCUUCCAGAAAUAUUAUAUUAUUGAAAUACACUGACCUAUAUACUUUUCGUCAUGGUAUUCAGAUUCACGUACCUAGAAGUGACGAAGGACGUCGAUUAGAUCACCGUUUAAUAAUAGUAGAAGUUUUACAAAUCAUUCGUUCUUAUUUAAAUGUUGUAGGAAUAGUUAUUACAAUACAAUGUCGCACGUUGUGUACAAGAGAGACUUUAUGAGUGACGAAGUGGCAAUUAUAUUAUAAUAAAAAUGUUGCAAUUAUGUUAUAGUACAUUAUAUCUAUGAAUUAUAUUUAUAUAGUUAUUAAUUCUAAAGAAGCAGUCUUCUAUAUCACUAGGUACUUUAUACUCAUAUGAAUAUUUUUACGUUGACACUAUUUAAUUUUUCUAUAAUAACAAUGCUUUUAAGCUUAUCUAGCUUUAAUUUACUGAACAUUAUUACCAUUUUAUAAGGUCACAUGAAGUAAUAAUA